AGUUUUGGGAAUAUUGCCUACUUUAUAAUUAAGCAGACCAUGUAUAGUAUUUGCACAAAGAUGAAUCGAUAUUUAUACACAAAGCUUGAGAAUUAAAUUUUUUAUCGAUCAAUCACGGAUUUGUUGUUUGUGGUAAAUUGUUGUUAUGGAAAGAGAAGAGAAUUUUUGUGAGGAAAAUGUCGAGCCAAUGGCGAAAAAAAUUAAAACUGAAUGGGUUAAAAGUUAUUCAGAUAAGGCCUUGCUUAUAAUGACAAGAAUGGGUUAUGAAAAGAACAAAGGACUCGGCAAACAGAAUCAGGGUCGUCUCGAACCCGUCAUAGCUAUACAACAAGAUGGCAGAAAGGGAUUGGGGUUAAAAGAUGAAUUGCCGGUGUCGUUGGAAUCAUGGGACAAUACUACCGAAGUAAUUAACUUACCCGAAAAUUUCUCAUGGAUUACUAAUAAUUCAACAAUUGAUAACACAUAUGACGAUUUAAUAGAAAAUAUAGUGUUGGGACCUCCUAAGCGAACUAUUGAAGAUGAAUGUUUAUACUGCAAUUCAGAUGUUUUAAAUAAUAUUUUGAAAGCAAAAUCUGAAUUUGACAAACUAAACGACAGCGAACUAAGAAGAGCACGGGCACGGUCUAAUCCAUUUGAAACUAUACGAAGCUCUAUAUUUUUAAAUAGAGCUGCUGUUAAGAUGGCAAAUAUUGACUCUAUGUGCGAUUUCAUGUUCACAAAUCCAAGAUAUAGGGAUGGAUCAUCAAUGCUGGAAAAUAACGAACUUUUAUAUUUUGCCGAUAUUUGCGCUGCUCAUUCGGAAAAAGAUGGAAGUCACCACCGGCCCAAGUGCUCACGAAUAUGUGAAAAGAUUUGACGAAUCCCAAAACUUUGAACGCGUUUUUCUCGAAACGCCUUUUCUGAAGUCGGUAUCCACGAUAACUCAAAAAGUUAUGCACCGAUCGUAUUGAAAUUUUGCACACUUGUGCAACAUAGAAUUGACUCCCAGCCAACGGUCCAUUUUAUUUAUUUUUUGCUUCUAUUCGAUUUUACAGCCACAAAAUGGCGCAUUUUUAGGGCUAAAAACGUACUUUUUACCUUCACCGACCGUUGAAAAAAUGAAAAAAAAAAUUUUUUUCUUUUAAAAGGGCACCGUUGGCUGGGAGAUAUACUUCUAAAAACUAAUUUUUUUUUAUCCCAUGUGUUUCAUAUGAUUCUACGAUCUUAUAUCCGGGACACCGCAAUGUGCGGAAUUCCGUUGAGUGUCUACUUCAAGUGGCUGCAACUUAGUUGAUUUUCGACAUUUUGUAAAACUGAUUUUUUGUAAAACAUAUUUGAAAUGUCACUGAAUAAUAUGAUAAUAAAACUAUUCAAAAAUGUUCAGUAGUUUUCUCAAAAAAAAAUCUUCAAAAACUCUUUUUUUUUGGCCCGUUAUCCCAUACCCCCCCUUAAAGUGAAAAGUGAUUUUAAAAUAAGUAAUUUUUGCUUAAAAAACUUUAAAUAAAUGUAAAAUUUAAAUUUUAUUGAAUGUUAGUAAUGUAAUUUCAAAUAUUUGAAGUGAAAAAAGAGCGUAAAAUGAAUAAAAGCGUGUGAAAUUUGCUUGUGAAAUUUUUGAUUUUUUGAUCUUUAAAGCCGAAUAUCUCGAAAACUAGGCGUCUGCGGUACCUAUAACCCUAUAUAUUUUUUAAUCGGGAGGACGUCUCUUUGCAACGGUGCCAUCAGAACGCGGCGCCAUAGUAAACGGAAUUGUGCCCGAAUAUAUGUACAUAUAUAAUUAUAGCCGCUGCAAACUUAUAGUUUUCGAUUAUUUUUUAAAACGGUAUUUCUUACCGAAUAUUGAUUUAUAUUAUUUAUUCAAAAUUUGCUUUAAAUAAGUAUUUAAAUUUUUUCAAUAUCACAAUAACGAAAGGGUUAUAUGCUGGCAUAAAAUAAAUGUUAACAUAUCACAUAUUAAAAAAAAUAAAAAAAUCCUUCUUCACCUGUUUAAUGGAAAUAUAAAAGAGUUUUUAAACGUGGCCCAAAGCAGCUAAUGAAAAAGUAAUUCUGAUCGGAAGGGUUUGUCAUUUACAUUUCUUUGGUUUUAUUUCUCGGUGUUGGCUCAAUCAGGGUUAUAUUUUUUAAGCGCGGUCGAAGUCGGACAAUGCAGAAAGUAUUUCUACGCGGAAGAACUUGUCACUUCCAUUUCUUUGAUAAUCCCCGGUGUUGGCUGGAUCUCAAGGUUAUAUACGAUACUUUAUUUGAAGACAUUAUUAUAGUUUUUGAAUAAGGAAUUCGUGCCAAUCUGGCUGUAUAACAUUUAAGAUAUUUGGUACGUUUUCAGAGCGAGUAAUCAUAUUUUAUAAAAUUGUAAAUGUUUUUGAAUUGACUCAUUCUUAAUAUGAGCGAUUUAACGUUUUAAUUCUGUUGUUGGCUUUAAUAGGGGGUUGGUUUUGUCGAGUGUUUGUUGACAUUGCCGUCAUAACUUUAUUUUCUUAGUUAGAAGGAUUUUUAUUUAUAUAAUGUAAUUUGAACCUAUAUUUUUUUGCUUUGUCUCCGUAGUAAUAUUACAAGGUUUUUCGCAUAAAUAUGUCAACUUCUAGUUCAAGUUGUGAUUUGUGGACACUUUAUUUUAGUCUGAUUUAUUUUUUUAAUGAAGUCAGGUCCGUAUUUUAGUUAUAUAGCUCCAAAUUAAGAUCUCUUUUAAUGACUGUUUCUUUUAGUGUUAACCAUAUUUGGGAGUGAUCAGAUCUAACCCAGCUUCUAUUAAUUUCGAGAUAUUUUCCUACCAAUGAUUAGUAUCAAUGAUCAGCUCUGAAAGUUUUCGAUGCAGUACCCGCUGGUGGAAGCCGAGGAAGAGGGAGACCUCCACUCCGGUGGAAGGACCAGGUGGAGAAGGACCUGUCUUCACUUGGUAUUACCAAUUGGCGCCAAACCGCCAAAAGGAGAGAUGCGUGGCGCACUGUUGUGGACUCGGCUAUAACCGCGUAAGCGGUUUCUACGCCAGUUAAGAAGAAGAAGAAUGAUUAGUAUAUUAAAUCGGAUAUUUUUUUGCUAUCCAUUAGCUAGAUUCAGGUCUAUACCAACUCUCAUCCCGUUUCUUGAGCUGCCUAGAAUAAAACUCGACCUUUAGCUGUGUUCGGUGCAUUCCCAAGUAGGUAGGCUUCGCAUAAAAGUCGCCUUUCAUAAUAAAUUAUAUUGACAAUUUCUUUAUACUCUUUAACGAAUAUUUUAUACACACUAAAUUCGAUGUUUUUUCGUUGGCACGCUGACGAGGUUGAAACAUUGGAUUUAAGUUAAAACUCAAAAAGUAAAGGAAAACUCUUAAGCUAUAAUAUAUAUAUGAAAUUCGUUAUAGGGGAUGUACGAACAAUCAUUUUUUCAGAAAAUGGGCGUGGACCUAUUAUUGUCAAAAAGGACAAUACAAAUAUAUGUAUAUAAUUUUAAUUUAACAUGAAAUAAAAUAUAAUUGAAUAAAGAAAAAUAGGGCAUACAUGCCGAUCGAAACUUUGGUGUUUUAAGUAUUUCUCCACCAAAGAAAGUAGCGCAACUAUAUUGUGUAUGUGUUAAAGCUCAUUUGGUACUUACGUUUUAACGCCAUUGAAGUAUAAAUAGAGAUGUUAGAAUGUGCGAAUAACCGAAUUUUUUUUGCUUAGAACUAUUUCACUAAUUGGCUGCCUUCUGCCUUCGGGGUUUGAACACCCCCUAAAAUUUUAAAGUCCUUCGGUCAAACCAUUUUCAAGAUAUGAUCGAUGAGACAAACACGUUCAAAGUUUACAGCUGCCAACUCAGCGCUCCGAACAGGUCCUUCUUCCAACCGCUGUAUCUUUAAAUCGACUUCGAAUCACUUUACUACCGUAGUCUAGUCAUGUUAAGAAUGCAAUAUAUGAUUCCACUCUGACAUAUCUUCUAAAAACUAAUUAAAGCAUACACAAGUGCAAAACAUGGAUAUUGUAAUCGCUGAUAGAUUUGCAGGAUAGACAACACAGUAAAUUAAAAGAACAAUCAUGGAACCACAAUUAUUUGCCAUUGCAAAAUCAUUAUUUUUUAAUGAAGCAUGUUAUUAAAACAUUUGCAUCAAAUUUUUAAUUUUUUUAGAUGUAUAUUUUAUAAAUGCAGAUGUUCUCCAAAAUCGGUGGAAUAUGUAGAAAUAUUUCUUGUUAAUAAAAAUUAUAAAGUAAAGCUUAAAUUCAGUUUAGACCAUAGGUUAAAAUCAAUCGGAUUUCGUGCAAUUAGCUGUACGAGAUGAAUUGACCGUGAAUUCUUUGUGACAACUUCAAAUUAACCGUAGCCUGACAGAACUAGAAGAAUGAGAACUUGGCCGGGGGUUAUGAACUCUCUAUACUCAAAACACCAAACUGCUCAUAGGCCAAAUGGACUUUGAAAACGCGCAAAGACUCACGGUUGACUAUUAGCUUUAAAGUACAAAGCGAUUAUGAUGCAAUUGAAAAUAUCGAAGGCAGAUAGAGCAAACUGAAGAGUGCCUAAUCCUUGUUUUAUUAAAUGUGUCAUUUGUCACGUUUUAAUUAAAACUGAUAAGGUAUGUCACGAGUAGCUGCAUAUUUCUCAAAUCGUUAAUUUAAUUAGAAAAUAAUUUGAGUUGUUUCACAAUUUAAAAAAAACACGAUCACCAAUUAAAAAUAAUUAAUUCUGACGCAUUUAUUCUAUUUUUUUAUAUAUUUAACAGGUCCUGGUGGCUUCUCAGAAUACAUACUUUACAGAAAAUCUUGGGAAGCAAAAGGAUUUGGGUUUACUUUACGUGGCCCUAACG